AUGGAAACAAGCUUAGAAGCAGAGAACAAAGUUCUGAAGAAGCGUAUAUCAGAGCUCGAGGCCCAGCUCGCCGGUCACAGCGAUCGCCCACUCGUCACAUCCCAGAAAUCCCAUCCUCCUCCCAAUAUCGUGAGCAAGGGCGAAGUAAAGCUCUCACUGGAAGAAUACAAACGUUACGGGAGACAAAUGAUACUUCCCGAAAUCGGAAUCGAAGGUCAAAUGUCACUCAAACAGUCCCGCGUGCUCAUCGUGGGCGCCGGUGGGCUUGGAUGUCCGGCAGCAGCAUAUCUCGCAGGAGCGGGAGUAGGGACCUUGGGAAUAAUUGACCACGAUACGGUUGAGAAUUCAAAUCUCCAUCGCCAGAUCAUACAUUCCACUUCGAGAGUGGGGAUGAUGAAAGUUGUCAGCGCAGUUACAUAUCUUCGCGACUUAAACCCACAUCCAAACUACGUCCCGCAUAUCGAGCCGUUGACGACUGAGAACUCACUGCGGAUCAUGGCAGAGUACGACCUUGUCCUAGACUGCACAGAUCAUCCCGCAAUCCGGUAUUUAAUUAACGAUGUAGCGGUGAUCAUGGGCGUUCCCAUAGUCUCCGCAUCAGCACUAAGGACAGACGGCCAACUCGUCGUCCUCAAUAACCCCCCCGGUGUGGGUCCCUGCUACAGGUGUAUAUGGCCACGUCCGCCACCCGCAGAAAGUGUCGUCGGCUGCGGCGAGGGCGGGAUUCUUGGCCCUGUAGUGGGAUUAAUGGGCGUUAUGCAGGCCAUCGAAGCCAUCAAGAUCAUCACGAAGAAUCCCGUGCGGGACAUAGGGAGGACGGAAAUGACACUUUUCGCCGCAUACGGAGCCUCGCCAUUUCGGUCUUUGAAAAUGAGGGGGAGGAAGGAGGGGUGUGUUUCCUGUGGAAGUCCGGAAAGGGCGGAAAAGAUUACGAGGGAGAGUAUUGAGGAUGGGAGGAUGGACUAUGUUGCAUUCUGCGGGGGGAGGGUGGGAGUGCAGGUAUUGCACGAAGGUGAGAGGGUUAGUGUGGCAGAGUACCAGGAGGUAGUCGAUAGUGGGGUGGAUCAUCUACUAUUGGAUGUUAGAGAUGAAACGCAGUUUGGGAUCUGCCAGCUGGCGGGGAGUUUGAAUAUCCCAUACGCCGAGUUUGAAGCUUUAAAGUAUGAAGAUUCGGAGGCCGAAGAGAUCAAGUCAAAAUUCCGGGAUCAACCAAAGGACCGGCCAGUAUACGUCAUAUGCAGACUCGGGAAUGACUCACAGAUUGUGGCGAGACAGCUAAAGGAAGCGGGUGUCUUCCCAGAUGAUCGGGUAUUUGAUAUAAAAGGUGGGAUCGUAGAAUGGGCGAGGAGUGGGGUAGCAGGUGAAUUCCCCGAGUAUUAG